UUAUUUGUUGAUUGUUAGCGGCGGGCGGACGUGCUUUCAAUUUGACUCGCGGAUUACACGUGUGUAAUAAACGUGGUGAUUGAUUUAAGUCUAGGUUAAAUAUUUACGUAAAUUGUAUUAACAACAAACCAAACCAUGCUUGCCAAGAACACUGAUCAAAUAAAGGAGCUUGCGCUCAAACUCUUUGAGAUCAAUGCCUUUAAAUUCGGGGAUUUUAAGAUGAAAGUCGGGAUCAAUUCGCCUGUCUACUUCGAUUUACGGGUGAUUGUCAGCUAUCCAGAUGUCAUGCAAACUGUAUCCGAUUUGCUGGUGGCGCACAUCAAGGAGCUGCAGCUGAACGCCAAGCACGUCUGCGGGGUUCCCUACACCGCUUUGCCGCUGGCCACGAUUGUUUCAGUGCAGCAGUCGACGCCAAUGUUAGUCCGGCGCAAGGAGGCCAAGGCCUAUGGCACCAAGAAGCUCAUCGAGGGCAUCUACCAGGCGGGCGACACCUGUCUGAUUGUAGAGGACGUGGUCACCUCCGGUUCCAGCGUCCUGGACACGGUGCGCGAUCUGCAGAGCGAGGGCAUUGUGGUCACCGAUGCCAUUGUGGUCGUAGACCGAGAACAAGGCGGUGCAGGCAACAUUGCCAAGCACGGCGUUCGCAUGCAUUCGCUGUUUACGCUCUCGUUCCUGUUGAACACUCUGCAUGAGGCGGGGCGAGUGGAGAAGGCAACUGUGGAUGCGGUGGCCAAGUAUAUUGCUGCGGUGCAGAUAAACAGUGAUGGCUCGUUUAUAGGUGGUGGAGAUAAGCGCAAUCCCAGCGAAGCAAACGAAUUUUCACGCACUAAACUGAGCUACGAGAGUCGCGCCAACUUGGCGAAGAGUUCGAUUGCAAAGCGACUUUUCAAUCUGAUGGCCACCAAGCAAACGAAUCUCUGUCUGGCUGCCGAUCUUACAAAGUCCGAUGAGAUUUUGGCCAUAGCCGACAAAUGCGGUCCAUACAUCUGCUUGCUGAAGACACAUGUGGACAUUGUGGAGGAUUUCAGUGAGAGUUUCGUUAGUAACCUUCAAGCCUUGGCUACGCGUCACAAUUUCCUGAUCAUGGAGGAUCGCAAAUUCGUCGACAUAGGCAACACAGUCUCGCUGCAGUACAGCAAAGGAGUCUACAAGAUAUCGAACUGGGCCGAUCUGGUGACUGCUCAUACGCUGCCUGGACGCAGCAUAGUGCAGGGUCUCAAGGCUGCACUGGAUGGAGACGAUGCUGUCAAGGAACGCGGUGUCUUUCUAUUGGCUGAAAUGUCUUCAAGUGGCAAUCUGAUCGAUGACAAGUACAAAGAGAAUAGCAACAAAAUCGCCACGGAGGGCAGCAACGUUGACUUUGUGGCCGGCAUUGUUUGCCAGUCGGCUAAUUGCUUCUCCUUCCCCGGACUGCUGCAAUUGACGCCGGGCAUCAAGAUCGACGAGAGCGUCGAUAAGCUGGGCCAGCAAUAUCAAUCGCCUGAGAAUGCGGUCAAGGAGCGUGGAGCUGACAUUGGCGUCGUCGGACGCGGCAUCUUGCAGGCCACUAAUGUGGAACAGGCGGCGAUCAAUUAUCGUGAUCGCCUGUGGGCGGCCUACACUGAUCGUAUUGCCAAAUAGGCGUGUCAUUUAUUAUGGAUGAUGUACAAGUUACCUCUGAUUGUAUUGCGCUUCCCGAAUUAUGAAUAGUUGUAAGAAUUUUGGGUUUGGUCUUUAGAAACACACAGUAUCCAUAUAAAACACAAUUAGUUAGGAAAUUUCAAAACAGUUUUAUGUAAUAAGGUAAAAAGAUUGCUACAAAAAAUACAACAAUUUACGAAAUGUUUAAUGCAUUAUAAAUCGAUAAUGUAAUGCCUGGAUUUAAUAAGAGGCCAAACACUGCAACACGUAGCUAUAAUCGCCAGAUAUAUCAUCCUGAAAUUGAAACGGAAAAAAUAUGUUUUGUGAUGCGAGCAAACUUGAAACUGAUCAAACGUCGUUUGGCGUUGGCAAACUUUUUAUUUGUUAAUAAUAGCAAGCACAAACAAAAAUACUAUGUAUGUGAAAUAAUUUACAGGAAAUGUAUACAAAAUAAAAGACGUUAUAAUAAAUAAUAUUGCAAAAAUAGCAAAAA